AUGCCUAAAGCUCUCGAAGCUCUCAAACCACCACCUUUUGAAAAAUGGCGGAAGCCGAUAAAGGCUGCCGUGGCCAUGUUAAUUGGGUGUAUUAUGACGUUCAGUGACCGCUGUCGAGAAGCAAUCGGUUCUGCAUCCCUGUUAGUCGCAAUAUCGGUCGUCUUUUACUUUCCAUUCAAGACCGUUGGUGUUGUAUUCGAGGAUGUGAUUUUGGGCACAUUUAGCGCGCUCGUUAGUACGGCAUAUUGCUGUUUAGGCAUGUAUGCAGCCAACCUUGCACGCGAUCCCAACAAUCCAUCACCUGUACAACCUAAAUCAAGUGGCAUUCUCGUCGUUUUCCUAUUCGUUGCCACCUUUUUUAUGUCGUAUAUCCGUAUCAAGAUCCCAAGAGCCAUGUUCCCGACAAUCAUUGCUUCUAUUCUCGUUUGCUUUGUUUUGACACAAUCUUCGGUGAUACCUGGUUUCCAGCCAGUCUUAUUGUGGACGUUCCUUAAGCCUCUUGCACUUGGUGGUGGCAUAUGCGUUGCUGUAUCAGCAUUAAUAUGGCCAGAUGAUAGCAUGUCCAAUUACAUGGCUAUCCUCUCAAAGAAUUUGAGCGGAUUCAAUGCUUUCUUUAAGGAGCAUUCUGAAGGCUUUCUUUUACUCGAAUCAACGCCUCGAGAUUCUCAACCUACUGCUGAUCCCACCCUUCCUACGAUGAACAGCCGCCUACAAGAUACCACCCUUAUGCUAAUUGAUUGUAAAAGAGCUGUUCAUCGAGAUAUCAUCUUUUCUCGAUUGAAUGGAAAGGACGUGAGCAAAUUGACACAACUUGUCAAAAAUCUGCAAGCACCUCUUUAUGGAAUCGGACUUAGUCAAAUAUGCAGGAACAAGUUUUUGCGAAAGAUUGAUGAUGAAAAAGAGACAGCCGUCUUGAAUACAGCCAUCCAAGAUAUACGUGAUGCAUGUGGUCAGCUGGCUGAUACAUGUAAUGAAGCCCUCAAGGAUUCCAUCGAUAGGUUACAGAGUUUCCAUGGCAACACGAACCGUACAGCACUUAAUUCCAUGUUAUGGCCAUUCCCACGACUUUUUUGCAGCCAACGCCGCCAACGCCGCCCUAGCACAAAAGGAAAGGACGAGGAGUAUACCGAUAUGCAAGGGCAGCAGCCACAUGUUGAUUCACAACAAUUACGACAGCAGCUGGAUCGAUUGAAAAACCAAGCAUGUGAAAGCACGGUUCGAUUAUACAACCUUCAUCAUGACAACAUUGACAAACGCCAUGUGGGCGGCAUGCAUGUGCUUUCUCUUUAUCGUUACAAUCUUUUCAAGUAUGCCGAACGCCUUAUCGAGCUGAUUGAAUUUAUCGAGACAAUUGAAGUAACACGCACACGUCGCCGAUUAUGGUUUCCUACGAUCAAGGCUCUUAAAAAGUGGUUCCAGUCAUCGUCGUCAAAUAGCAGUGAUCCAAAUCUUGGUGCAGGACAAGCCUUUGAUACGAAUCAAAUGGGUGGUGGGCUCGUGCGUAUUCAAACCAAGGAUGAUGAAAACAAUGACAGCAACCGCUUUGUCUCAAAUGGCCGAUCUAGCAAAUUGUAUCACCGCGAUCCUGAUUGCAAUCCUCCCGAGACUACAUUUCAGCGCAUUUGCUACAAGCUAUACAUCAUCAAACAAUGGUUUUAUGAAGCCGAUACAUUCUUCGCCUUUAAGACUGCAGCUGGUACGGUGCUUUUGGCAUUGCCCAUUUAUCUCAAGGAAAGCGCAGCAUGGUAUGUCGAGUGGCAUGGUCAGUGGGCUGACAUCAUUGCCAUGUUAUGGUUGAUGCCUACAACGGGUGUCUUUUACUUCUCGGGUAUCAUGCGAGUCGUUGGCACUGUUGCAGGAGGUGUCUUGGCUAUUGUCGUAUGGGAGAUCUCAAGGGGCAAUCCUUACGGCCUUGGUGUGCUCAUCUUUGUCAUGGCAACAUUCUUUUAUUACAUUUUGAUCUAUAAGCCGCUACUACGUACGCUUGCUAUUAUGACAUUGAUUACUAUGGUGCUGGUCGACAUUUAUGAGUACCAAUAUCAAAUCCAAGGCAUUGCUGAUGCCAAUCCAGUAUGGACGAUUGCUGGUAUGCGUAUGCUACUUGUCAUCAUUGGUAUUGUAGCCGCCAUUUUUAUCAUGAUGAUCCCUACCCAAGUCACCGGCAGAGUGGAGCUCCGUAAACGGCUUGCACAAACAUUGCGAGAUGUGGGGCGUAUGUUUGGAUUCAUAUCACGGCAAUUCCUUGGAGCUGAUCAACAAGAAUACAAUGACGACCAAAUCAAACACAUCCGUCGGCUGGUGCUUGAUCUGCAAAGGCAAAUAUCGGAUGAGCGUACCUUCCUUAUGAUGUCACGGUUCGAGCCUCCCCUUCGUGGCAAAUUCCCUACCGCCAGCUAUGGCAUCGUUGUUGAAAAAGUCAGCACAAUGGUCUUUUUGAUAUACAGCAUGUGCUUUGCUCUUCGGGAUAUGGAUCCGCAAUGGCGUGAGAAGGUGGCGAUAAGCAACACUGAAGAACGCAAAGUUUAUGUUGCAUCGAUAUUGACAACCAUCAAGCUGAUUGCUACCACGCUAGCAUCCAAGAUGGCGCUUCCACCUUACAUGGUACCUGCUACUCAGAUAAGAGAUCACUAUGCCGAUAUCCUCUUUCGUACCAUCCAAGUCAAACCCGAGGACUUGACGCAUCCCUCUUUCCUUCCAUACACAUCCUACAUUGUAGCACGUCAUACCUUUGUGGAUGAGCUGCAAGAAUUACUUGAAGCAGUGCAAGAUUUAGUUGGUGUUGAAGAUCCUGAUGAGUGGUUGCGUAGUUAUUCGUAA